AUGGCAGACGAUUUAUUAUAUUUGUCCAGUCUCACCGUGAGCAGAGACAAACAACUCGCCCAACAGCUUGACGAUAUCCGGUUGAAAUGCAUAUCCCAACACGGCAGCUUCCAACGCCCCAACAACGCCAGUGGUGCUCAACCAUCAUUAGCAGCAUUAACAACGACAAAACCAUCACCACAACGGAAAUACCUAGUCACAUGCCCGGACUGCUACCGAAAGGCCUUGGACCUCGUCCGCGCACGCUACCACCAGUCACGCGCCGGCGCCGGCGCCGGCGGCGAAUGGUGCGCAAGGCGGCGCUCCUUCUUGAGGGAGAUCGACAACAUGCUAGCUGGCGCGAAGGAGUAUCAGGUUGACCCACGAACUAUCGACGACCGCGUGCAGGCUGAGCGGGACAGCUGGUACCUCGAGGUUGUACAAUCCUCACUUUUGCGGCUCUUACCAACCGUCAUUGGGAAACUGGACGAUGCUGUCCCCUCGGAGGAUGCGGACCCGGCGGCAGUGGUAGCAAAGGAUGCCAUUGUUGAGAGGAUAGAGGAAUUACAGCAAGCGAAGCAGGGGGCGCGGUCACAUCAGAACGUACUUCGCCUGGCUAAGGAUAUCGAGAAGCUACUAAAGGGCGCGAAGGAAGAGGAUGGAGACACAGCUAUGGGUGGGAUGGAUGACGGGUUCCCGCCCGAGUUUUCUGCGGCGGAAACCACCGAUGAGGACCGAGUCGCGAUUAUGAGGAAGGCGUUUGCCAGUACUGUCGUGGGAGGGAGCGACGAGAAGAACUUGCAAGGCUCGCAGAAGAAAUACUUCGACAUGUUCCAAGACAAAGGGACACCAUUGGGGCAGGCGAUCGACAGGAUACUAGACGACAGGAAGGAGGCAAAGGGGGCACAAGCCAAGAUCGACAAUGUCAAGAAACGACUGGAAGAACUCAAGAGAGCACGGGCGGCAUACGAACUACAAAAGACGAAGAAGGCCAGCAUAUCGGAGCAUAAGGUCCCGGAAGAGCUUUACAACGUGCCCGCAUGUCAAAACUGCGGACAGCCGCCUAAUACUCGAGAUUUCUUGACCUGCCCUAUAUGCAUGGUUCUGGCUCAAAAAGGUGUGAGGGAACGGCAAACCGUGUGGUGUUCGUCGGAAUGCAACACCGAAGGCCUGCCCAGCCACAUCGAAACCGACCACGAAUGCGCCUCCAAAGACGACUGCGUCCAAGUGAACCCUCUCCGCCACAGCCACCAGCACUACGAUCCAGACCAAGACAUCAACAUGGACGGGACCAGCACCGUCGCCUCCUCGCCCGUCGACUCGGACCCCAACGCCUCGUCCCCCGUCUGCUUCUGCCGCGAGUGUCUCACGACGCUCAAAUGCGAAUCCGUCUUCUGUUCCCUGCGAUGCUACGACCUCAACUUCCAAGGCCAUCGCGAAAACACCCAUAUGCCCGCGCGCCGACGUCUGAAGCAGUUUGUCACGGACCGCCAACAUCUCGAGUAUUUCCCCAUGCCGCCGCUUUCUUCCUCCUCGGGUCCCAGCAUGAGGGAUAGAGACAGAGAUAGGGGGGACCGAGGAGACUACCGCAACCGUGGCAGCAACAAAGACAACAACAACAACAAUGACGACGAACGCAACAACGGCCCCAACAGUGGCGGUGGAUUCAGCAGUGAUAACCCCCCUCUUUUGCAAACUAGGACUAGGUACAAGGCACGCAAUAUCAAGGACCACGUCAUCCCGUUCGACGAGGCCAUCAGCAACUGGGAGGAAGCGAACCAGGUUAAGGCGCAAAUCUAG